AUGAAUUAUAGAUCAGCUACAGGUUAUCCGGACUACGAGGACUUCCCAUCAAAUCAUGCGCCAACAUACAACGAUAGCCCAUUGCACCCACUGUUGGCCGCUAUUGGCGGGAAUAUGGAAAAGUAUGCAAAUGCUGAAGACCGAGCAAGAUACCACAAUCACAUGAUGCAGCGGCCUUUAGUAGACGACGGCAGUAAUGUGCAUGGUGCGUAUGCUAGUGGAGGUGGUGAAGGGGCUGGUUGGGGUGGUGUUCCCACUGGCACUGGUGGCACCGGAUACUCUGGUUAUGGCUAUCAGGCCCCCUCUGGCAAUGGCGGCGGCUAUGACUAUCAUCCUAGUGCGCCGGUACAUGUGCCCACUGGUGGCUCAUACUCUCAUCAUGCCACAGUUGGUAGUGGUUAUGGGGUACCUCCCCCACCUAAGCAUCUGCCGUAUCCCCAACCUACGCUGGCGACCAAAGCAAAGGAUAAAAAGAAGAGCAGCAGCAGCAGCAGCAGCAAAGCUUCUACAAUGAAUGCCUUGACUUUGUUGGCGUUUUUCUUCUUUGUGAAUUUGCUGCAGACUUGCCUCAAGGAGAACAUGGACGCGAUGAACCCCACUGUGAUGGUUAUGACGACGAACGUGGUGCGCAAUCGCAAUACCAAAUUGGCGGAAAUGAACUCGCGCGAACAGAGCACUUCACCCGCAUCGACAUUCACAUCGGGCGCGAAUAUUGUCUUGCAGCCAGAGGAUUUGGUGUCGGCGGCCGCAGUCAACCCAGUGGCUGCGGCAGUGCCGGCUGUGUCUAGCGUGAAGUUGCAAACAUCUCCGUACAGUGAUGGGGGGGCCAAUGGAAAUGCGCCAAUUACCGCGAGUGUUGGCAAUAAUUUUGCAGGAAGUGCCAGCUCCUUGGGUAGCAACGACAAUUAUAACCACAAUAACAACAAUCAGGGCAUCACCCACACUGACGAUCGAAGACCUACUGAUCCACAAUACAGUUAUGGCAGCAACGGCGCACUAAAUGGGCAGCAUCAAUAUAAUAAUAUGAAUUUAAACAACAACAAUCAUGCAUACGAUGAUACCCCAAAUGCUGCUGAGGUGCCUUUUUCACUAACUCCAACACCAUCUGUCGUAACCGCAAAUCGCUAUCCACGACCAGAUUUUCAUAAUUCAGCGCACCCAUAUCCUAAUCAAACGAUCUCCACAUCUUUAAGCAGUGGCAAUCAUCAUCACUACCAUCAACAACAACAACGCCCAUACCAUCCUGGACAUUAUGAACAAGAAUCGUUUGAGCAACAGUUCCCGCAACAUCAUUCUCAAUCACAACAUCAACACCACCAACAUCAAUAUGAUCAAAAUAAAUUUCAAGAGCAUCAGCACCAACAUAAUCAUGAAAGCUACGCCCAAGGCCACUUCCCUCAACAGCAGCAGUCAGAUCAACAAGACCACCAUCAAGAACCACCGCCACAUGACCACUUCCAACACCAUUACCCGGUACAGCAUUCGCUGCAACACUCGCACUUCCAUUCUCAUCAGUACGGCCAGCAUUCCAAGAAUCAUCCUCUUCUUCAACCCAGUGCCACCCACAGUGAAUCCUCACACCCAUGGUCCUACAGUCCUGGGUUUUCAUCACUAAAUGCACAUAAACGUGGCUCGAGUUACUCUCCGCUUUCUUCGUAUACGUGGUCGUCUAGCUCACGGCCAUCCCAUGUGAGCGGCAAUAAUAAUUUUGAGGCUGGUAAUGAUGACGACGAUAGCCGUUACGACGAUUCAUUUUACACACGUUCAAAUAGAAAAUUUUAGAAAUCAAUUAUUAAGAGAGCUGUUACUUAGUAGGUCCAUUCCUUAUCUUUUCUCAUGGUGAAGUUAUACCAGGCAUGAUAAAAACAG